AUGAAGAUGCGAAAGACUCGGCUUCAGUGGACGGCCACCGUGCCCAUAUACAUAGAACCCCAGGGCGGCCAGGCUCAUAUGACCAUGUCCUGGGAAGUCGAUUUCAAUCGUCGAACGAGAAUUCUGUACAGGCUCUUAGCACUGCCUGCUUUACCUCCUGCCGAUGAAAAAGAAGACGAGGAAAAACAGAAUUCUACACAUUUACCACCUGCGGUUGGCGGCGACAACAAUACAAAUUAUGCUAGGCUAAGCAAUGCGCGUGUCGAUGAUGACGGAACUCUGAACGUUAGCUCUGGGGUCCAUAGUUCAUCCAUCUCUAGAUGUAAUAAAGAGAGCUUAUCGUCAAAUAAAGUUCCUGCCAAAGAGCUGGCAGAAGAUUUCACUCACGCGAACCUUGAAGACGCUGGGCACAUUAGUGACGAGAGAGGCAAGAACGCCGACAAUAUAGCAGACGCUGUGGCCGCAGAACACGAGCCUGCAAGCUUCACUUGGGCUUCUCAUUGGGAACAAACACUGUGCCCACAGAAACAGUAUUGGACACUCAGACAUUCUAUUUAUGCUAACAUGGGAGGCCUCGUAUAUCGUCUUACCGCCAGCAAUCUGGAUGAACUCAGGUCACUCACCUCGCGUACUCUAGCUGACAUCAUAAGAAAUAAUUACUCAGCGAUCGAUUUGCUUCAGUACUUGGUACUAGCUGAGGAAGAUAUUAAAGACAAAAGCAAAGCAGAUUGGCUCCUAAAGACAAUUGCGGUAUUACAAAUUUGUUGGCUCAUCUUAAACGCCUGUGCGAGAGCUGCUGCCGGCCUUCCUGUUACUCAGCUUGAGGUCGCUACGGGAGCAUUUGCCGUCAUGGCAGUUGCGACAUUUUUAAUCAACUGGUGGAAGCCGAAAGAUGUGUCGAGGCCCACAAUCGUUUGGCUGGUACCAGCCACAAUUUUUACUGAUAGCAACUACCGCUGCCAUAGUUUUACACGCCGUAUCUUAUCCCCUUCACAUGUUGCAUUUGUCACACCGCUGGCCCCAACACUGAUUUCGAACGACACCAUCUUGAUGGAUGGGAAGCCACCGUUGAUCUUGGUCCUGAUUGCGAUAUCCUCCCUGGUUUUUGGCGGCCUCCACGGUCUGGCCUGGAACAGCGAAUUCCCCUCGAGGACUGAAGUUGUACUAUGGAGGACCUCCUUCGUAGUGGUAGCCGCUCUUCCGGGCAUUAUUCUCGCCAUCACGUUUAUCAUUGAGCACCUAGCGACGAACUUGCCCGCUAAAAGAUUCUCAGCCGGUCUUGUGAAGCUCUUUGUUCAUCUUGACCAAGUCCCGCCCGAAUAUUGGUCUCAGCUCAAGGAACCAUUUCCCUUUUUAUCUUGGCCGCUCGAGUCACAAAUCGUCUUUUUCGAAAGGCUAGGGCACGCGGACUCCGAUACAGUUCUCAACUGGGAAAAAAUGCCGACUCCGCCAAACAACAUUUCACCCGAGGCGACCCUUAGGAACACAUGCAUAUCAAGUAUAUCGGAGCUUACAAAACAAUAUAACCCGCUUUGUCGACCACUGGGUUGCAAGCAGGUUUGA